CUGAAACAUUAUUACAACCCAUUUCUUUCAUUUUCUUUCAGACAGAGAAUAUGGGAUCUAAUUGCCCUAUUUAUGGGGAGCACGAAAGCCGAUAUCCAUGUGUUAACAGAGUACAUGUAGGAAAUGAUCAUGUAGAUUUUAAAUACCAAUUUGGGAAGCUCAGCAAUGUCAGAUAUAAGGAGUAUAUAGAAAACACCAGUUCCAGCAAAGAAAUUGUAACAGAUACUUCUAAGAACUUAAUCGGAAAAUCUACCAAAAAUCAAGAUAUGCAUGAUGUUCGAAUAUUACUUACUAUGAAAUCUGGAGGGUUUGAAAUCUCAACAUCAUGGGAGAAAGAAAGACGUAUGAUAGGCUUAGGUAAAAAAUGUUAUGGUGAAUUGAAAGAUGACAGUAACGUUUUUUACAAUCAUAUUGAUCUCGAGUUUGAGGAAGCUGUAUAUCCAAUUAGAGUCUGUAUACAUGAAUGGUAUAGUGGUGGAUGUAUAACUAAACUUUUGACUCAAAAUUCCGAAGAUAAUCGAUGGGAUGUAUUAUGGACUAGACAACGUAAUAUUGUAUCUUGUGAGCAAGUGCACUUUUCCCCGCCUCUCCAGUCUUGCAACUUUAAAACCAAAAAGUUACGAAUAAUGCUAAUGUGCACUGUAUGGGAUUAUUACACAUGUGUAGACAGUGUGAUACUUAUCGGUACAUCAAAAUUAAUCCUUCCCAAAAAUUCAGAACAGAGUUUGACUGAUAUGUUUAAAAGUAUAAACUCUUGUCAGACUAUCGAUAAAGCACCAGCUGCUUAUAAUUGUAUAUGCUGGGAUAUAAAUUGUCUUCAAAAGAAUUUUUCUAAAUAUUGUACUAUUUAUAAAAGUCGCAGCGAUUUGCAUCUGAAUUAUGCACAGAUUACGAAAGAUAUUAAACUUACUUCUGAGGAAUCCGAGGAGCACACAAGUUGCAGUUUUUCUAGGCUCCCUGUUGAAGUGAUACUAAAAAUAUUAAAGAAGUUAGAUAUAAGAUCGUUGUGCCGGAUGAGCACAAUAGAUAAACGCUUUCAAAAUUUAGCACGAGAUGCUUCUCUUUUUAAGUGCUUGAAUUUAAUAAAUAUGCGCGAUAUGCAUUCUAUGUAUAUUGAUGAGAUUAUAUUAUACUUUAUAUCCAGAUGUAAACAUUUACGACAGUUGGAUCUUACAUCGAGUGAUAUUUCUUUUUCGCAUUUCGCAAAGUUUCUUGAAAGUUGCGAUGACCGUUUAACGCACUUACGAUUAAGUAAAUGCAAAUUUGUUGACGAAUUGGUUUUAUUACGAAUUGCGACAUGCAAUAAUUUGAAAGUAUUGGAUCUCAGUUAUUGCCAAUACUAUGGAGAUGGAUUUUCAUGUCUCGAAAAUUUAGAAUGUUUAGAGGAGUUAAACCUUAAAUGUACACGUAUAAGAGCCGAAUCUAUUUGCAAAAUACUGCGAAAAAAUCAUCGGAUACGUGACUUAAAUUUGAGCAAUGUGACGAAUUAUUGUCCAGUUGAUUCUACAAUGCAAGUGUUUCGCCAUGGAGAGAAACAACGCAACAAAUUAUAUCUAGACGCAAUUGCAAUAACGUUGAAAAAUUCUUGCCCAGACUUGGAAAUACUAGAUAUAUCUAGCGGUUUAAUUACAUCGCAAGGUAUUGAUGCUCUCGCCGAGUGUAAAAACUUAUGGAACCUGAACAUUCAGGAGAUAAACAAUGGACGAAUUGAAAAGAGGCGUAUCACUAACGCUGGGUACAAACUUAAAACAAGUAUAUUUGAGAACGUUAUCUCGAAACAUGUUUGCAAUUGUCGUCCAGUGUCCAAAAUUGCAAAAGAUUUGGUUUAUGAAAGGUGACGGUGAAUUAGUUCACUGGAUGAAGCAAAAAUUACCACAUGUGUCUUUGUGUAAAGUACAAUAACGGAACGGUCGGAACUGUCCUUCACCGAUGUUGGUAGGCCUUGGAUAUUUUGUAGACUGCAAGCGCAUCAAAAUAAUUUUGUUGUUUUUCAGUUUAUCUGCACAUUUGAAAGUUGAAAUAAUUUCUCAAAAUUAAUAAAUUGUUUUAGGAUAAAGUUUCGAAAAGUACUACCCCCGAUUUUAUCAAAACUCACUAUUUCUACGUAUUUUGAUGCGCUGAUUAGGAAUAUCAUAGUGCAAAUUGGCUAUGUACUACUUGAUAUUCAAGUUACUGGCAGCGAACAUCGUAACAUAUCCAUGAAUAAAGAGAGUCUGUGGAUUGACUAGGUAUGGACUAGAUAUUAAGUGGUCUAUAAAGAAAACAUUUGGAGAUUUAAAAAUAUAUUAGAUAACAAAUCCCGUAAAAUUGUGUACUUUUUACUGGAAAACAUUCCCGUUAAGGA